AUGGCAAAGCUGCCCCUGUUCAGGAAAGCUCCUGCACGUCCGCAGGUCGGCCGGAGCAGAUCGAAGGUGCUCUGGCACCGUAUCCUUCGUUCCUUCUGCUAUCUCAUCGCUUGGAUCUUUCUGAUCUUGGUCUGCAUUGGCAAUGUCGCCGAUAAGCCCGUUCUCCGACAGACCUACUUCCUCGAGAUCAACCUGGCAAAUAUCAUCCCAUUGUCCACCCCCAAUGCGGUCCUGAUCGAUACCAUUGCUCGCACCAUCGGUCUGCACGACUUUUACCAGGUGGGACUAUGGAAUUUUUGCGAAGGCUAUCUGGACCAGGGCAUCACCCACUGCUCUUCGCCCAAACCCCUCUACUGGUUCAAUCCUGUCGAGAUCAUCCUCAGUGAACUGCUAUCCGGCGCAACGAUUGCUCUUCCUGCCAACAUCACGUCGGCUCUGCACAUCGCCCGCAUAGCCUCUCACUGGAUGUUUGGUCUCUUUAUCACCGCUACCGUCCUAACCUUCAUCCUCAUCUUCCUAUCUCCACUUGCCGUCUCCUCACGGCCUCCUCAAGCUCUUUCCUCCGACCCAGUCAUUAAUCAAACCCACCCGCAACAUCGUCGUCGAACCUUUGUGUUUCUCCGUUCUCUCCCGUUCCUCAUCCUAACGUUCGUGACCGCUCUCUUCACCGUUGUUGCCUCCGUCGUCGCAACCGUCAUGUUCAUCAUCUUCCGUAACGUCUUCACCUCCGCCAGCGAAGACCUCAACAUCGACGCCUGGAUCGGCACGCGCAUGAUGGUUUUCAUGUGGAUCGCCUCCGCCUUCAACCUUUUUGCAUUUAUUCUCCAGCUUGGCUCCUGCUGUGCGUCUUGCUGUGGUGGCCGCAAAACCCGCAAGCAGCUCAAACAAAAUAGUGCCGGCACUGCGAGCCCUAGCAGCACAGCUUCCCCUGAUGUGCGUGAGAAAGAGCAUCCGCACAGCCCCGCAACUACGGAGUGA